AUGAAAUUAUUAUUAUCAUUAAUUUUAAUUAUUGCUUUUGUUGGUUCUUUCAUUAAUGCAGUUAAUGUUAGAGUUCCACAAAAGAAUAUCAAAGGUGACUAUUGUUUAAAUGUUCUCAAAGAUAUUUAUGGUUAUAACUCUAAUUUUACUGCAGUUUCCUCCAACGGUCAAACUGAUGCUGGUCAAAAUUCAUUCUUUGAAAACGGUUACAUUUCAAUUGAUUACGAAAAUGAACAAAUGUUCGUCGUUUACGAUGUUGAUCUUCAAGGUAAACAAGUUUCAGGUCAAACUUGGAUGUUUAGCAAAAAUCAAACUCAAUAUGUUUUAGCAGAUAACCAAUGCUACAAAGUUCCAUUCAACGGAGAAUUCCCAACAAAUUCUGACCUUCAAAGUGUUGGUUUUACAACAUUAGGUAUGGUUCAAGCUGAAAAUCUCCAACCAGUAAACCAAGUCGAUGGAACUACCCAAACCCUCACCGUUGAUUCAACUUACUGUUCCCCAAUGACAAUCCAAAUUGUCAGUUCAGAUAAUGGUGUUUCCGGUUAUACUAUUAUGAACUUUAACAACUACAAAGAAACAAUUAUUAGUUCCGAUUUCAUUUUACCAUCCGAAUGCGCAAGUGCAUCAACCAGUCUUAAAUCUGUUAAAUCACACAAAGCUUAUCCAGAGCUCUUAAAAAAACUUUUAUAA